AUGUAUGGAGGUGGUGAACAAACAGUAUCCGAAGGUUGGAGAAAACCAUUGGAUUUAGUUACUACUGUGGAUCCAAAUGUUAGUUCGACUAUAGUUGACAAUGAACAUUUUUGCAAGCUAGUUUUAUAUAAGGAAAUUCAGAAUUCAAGAGUGAGAAUAUGGGACGCAGUGAUAUUAGUACCAAACUUACUACUAUUAUUAUUUAUAGCAAUAAGAUUUAAUCGUGCUCGACUAAAAUUGAGAGCCACUAGCAGCCCAAUUUUUUUAGCAUUUUAUGGACUGGUAAUUUGUAAUGUAGUAAUAUCAGUGAUAAGAUGCGUUGUAUCAAUGACAGUAAAUGCUGCUGCUAAUAUUGGUGGAAAAGCUGAUAAAAUAUUAUGGGUUACUGUAAGAUUUUUCUUGUUAUCAACUGAAAUGAGUGUCGUCAUCUUCGGAUUAGCAUUUGGCCACCUUGAUAGCCGUUCAAGUAUAAGAAGAGUUUUAUUUGCUACGUCUCUUAUAGCUUUAACUUUCACAAUAACUCAAGGAACUCUAGAGUUAGUUUUACCAGACGAUACAUUUCAUAUUCCCAGCCGGGACUUUUAUGUAUUUGGUCAUGGUGGCAUGAUGUUUUGGUUUUGCAGUAGUCUUGUAUUCACUUUAAUAUAUUUCUUUAUAUUGUUACUUCCGUGGACAAGAUUGCGGGAUAAAUUAAACCUACCAACACGUAAAAGUUUUUACGUUUAUGUUGGCAUAUUGACAACUUUAAAUUUGGUCCAGUCAAUAGGAGCAGGUUUAUUGAAUUACUCACAAGAUCUCGCCGGAUUAUGUGUGGUUGAUGUAACAGCUGUGAUGUAUCUUACACUGUUUACUCCAUUGGUUUAUCAUACUUUCUUAUCUGAAUUUUUCGGUGUUUCACAGCCAUCUAUAAUGUUUUCAUAUAAAGCUCAAGUGGAUGACGCAAUGGAAGAUGAUACUGUAUCAUUACCUUUUUCAUCACUUAAAACUGACAGUGACUAUAUUUAUCAGAAUCAUAGUGUAUAUGAUUCAACACAGUUUGACACCCAUGCAACGCCUGUCAAUCCACUUUACGCGGCCUCUCUACAAAGUCCUGAUAGUAUUACUGGUUACAGCAUAGGCAGUCAGGAAACUCACAUCCAUGUUAAUGGUUACCAGCAGUGA